CACAAAAUGUCUAUAAGAUUUCCAUCACCCUCAAGAAAGCCCAGUGAAUUUGGCAGUCCAAUCAAAGCCAGUCAUCAAGUUUCCGGUCUCAGACGCCUAAAUCGUUUUCAAAAAUGCCGAAAUCAAACUAAGUGAGUAAAUUUACCUCGAAUUUCUGGACGAGAGAAUCAGAAUCAGACUUCGAUAGCUCCUCAUUUACAUUUAAGUAACAACGGAAAUGAUAGGGGUGAGUCUCCAGAGAGACAGCUUUAUAAGUAUCUCAAAAAUCGAGUGAUAACUAGAAGAAGUAUCAGUGUGGCUUCAACUAAGAAGGUGCCUAAGAGCACAUUUAACUCCAUUAAUAUAAGUAGAAAGCUUUCUAAUCGGGCGAGCCUCGAUCUCAACUCGCCUUGGCCAACAAGAUCUACUAUUAAAUCAGUUAUUUCCAAAUUACAGAAAUAAGAUCCAGUACAUGCAGAAGAAAGAGGAUCAAAAAUCCUUGAUAAAGGAGAAAUUACGGCUUGAUAAAGAAAAGUUUAUGGAACUGCAACUCCAAAGAAAGAGACAGAAGCAAGCUAAAGCUCAGGCAAGGCAACGGAAGCACAAGGCAGCUACAGCUAUCCAGAGAGCUUUUAAGAACUAUCUCCUGCUGAAGAGGAUCAAGGAGUAUGAGAAGCGAUACCAAGAGGUCCAAAAGAGAACAAUUGCUGCAAUGAAAAUCCAGCUAUUUUGGAGAUCUUACCUUAACUCUAAGAGGAGGGAUAGAGAUCACAAAGAGCAGAGCAUUAAGAAGGUUGAAAAGAAGAUGAUCAACUACUUUACUGACUAUAUUAUCACUUUCAAGUACCUUAAGCCAAAGUUUCAUAAGAUUAUCAAACAGUUUGACAAUCUUGUCAAACAUAAGAAAGCUAAUGUAGUCGAUUCUGCUUGUGUGACCAUCCAGUAUUGGGUUAGAAAAUUUCUGAAAAAAUUAAGAGCAAAGAGAAAGAAGGCUCCAGCUAAAAAGAAGAGGAAGAAGAAGGCUCCUUGGCAGAAGCCCUCUUGGAAUACCUCUUUUAGCAAGAAUAAUUCAGGUAGAUUUAAUGCUGAGAAGCAAAGACGGAUUAAGGAGAAUCUGGAAAAACUUAAAAUGAAGGGCAAGAGAUAAGCU